AUUUGCUAAUACAGAUAAGGGUAAAUGUAAAGUGUGAACAUCCUCGAGAUUUUCUGAAAUGCUGAUAGGCUCCCCCACAAACGUGAACCCAUCUCUCCAUUCUCCUUCUUCCUCCAUAACCAAUAACAACAACCAUGUCCAUCUUCUCUCUCUCCUCAAUCGUUGCUCCUCCAUGACUGAACUUAAGCAAAUCCACGCCCAAACUCUCCGCACAGCGUAUUCUCACAAUCCCCAACACCUCCUCUUUCUUUACAGCAGACUUCUCCACUUCACAUCUUCAAUUGAUAUUCACUACUCUUUUAACCUUUUCUCUCAGAUUCCCAAUCCCAAUUCCUUCAUUUGGAACACUUUAAUUAGAGCUUGUGCUACUAGACAUGCCUACAAACAACGUGCUUUUGUACUUUACUAUCAAAUGUUGAAUGAUGGGAGUGUUUACCCUGAUAAACACACUUUCCCCUUGCUUCUUAAAGCUUGUUCUUACUUAUUCGAUGAAUUUGCAGGCAAACAAGCUCAUGCCCAUGUUUUUAAACUUGGGUUUGCUUCUGAUGUUUACGUUAAUAACAGUCUUAUCCAUUUUUAUGCUUCUUGUGGGCUUUUAGACUCUGCACGCAUGGUGUUCAAUGGAAUGACGGAAACAAGUGUUGUUUCAUGGAAUACUAUAAUUGAUGCAUUGGUUCAGGCUGGGGAGUUUGAUACAGCUUUGGGCUUUUUCAGAGAGAUGCAGCGUUCGUUUGAGCCUGAUGGGUAUACAUUGCACAGUAUUAUAACUGCUUGUGCUGGCCUAGGAACUUUGUCUUUAGGCAUUUGGGUUCAUGCUUAUAUUCUAAGGGUGUGCGAUGCUAACUUGAGCACUGAUGUUCUGUUGAAUAACUCAUUGGUAGAUUUGUACUGUAAAUGUGGAAUGUUGGAUUUUGCCAAGCAGGUGUUCGAUGGGAUGAUCAGGCAUGAUGUAAAUUCGUGGAAUUCCAUGAUUUUAGGACUUGCUAUGCACGGAAGAUCUAAGUUGGCAAUCAAAUAUUAUGAUGAAAUGACGAAUGGUGAGGGGCUAAUGCCAAAUUCAAUCACUUUUGUUGCGAUUCUUAGUGCAUGUAAUCAUGGCGGCAUGGUUGAACUAGGCCGCGAGUUUUUUGAUCUGAUGGUGACCAAUUACUCCAUAGAACCUCAGCUAGAGCACUAUGGAUGCUUGGUUGAUCUUCUUGCUCGUGCAGGAUUGAUAAACGAAGCUUUGGAUCUUGUGUCUAACAUGCCCAUGAAACCCGAUGUGGUCAUAUGGAGAAGUCUUCUUGAUGCUUGUUGCAAGAAAAAUGUGGGCAUAGAACUCAGCCAACAAGUUGCGGAUAAGGUCCUUGAAUCAGAGGGAGUUCCCUCCAGUGGUGUUUAUGUGCUUCUCUCUAGAGUUUACGCCUCAGCUGAACGAUGGAAUGAAGUUGGUCUAGUAAGGAAGAUGAUGACAGAUAGAGGUGUUAGGAAAGAACCUGGCUGUAGUUUCUUGGAAAUCAACGGUGUGAACCAUGAAUUUUUCGCUGGUGACACUUCACACCCACAAACAAAAGAAAUAUACAGAGUUUUGGAUAUGAUAUACGAGAAACUUCAGUCAGCAGGAUAUAGACCUGACAUUUCACAAGCGCCUUUAGUGGAUGAUGAAUAUGAGAAUCAAAAGCAAGAUGCUCUGAAGCUGCAUAGUGAAAAACUCGCCAUUGCUUUUGGACUUAUGAAUCUUAAAUCUGGUGUUCCUAUUCGCGUAUUCAAAAACCUUCGUGUCUGUAAUGACUGCCAUGAAGUUACGAAAUUGAUAUCAAAGAUCUUCAAUGUUAAAAUCAUUGUGAGAGAUCGAGCUCGCUUCCAUCAUUUCGAAAAUGGAGUCUGUUCAUGCAUGGACUACUGGUGACGGUAAACCUGGUCAUUCAAAGCUAGUUUGGUUUCUGUUUAAUUUGAGUUAGUUUGGUUUCUGGCCAGAUCAUUGUAGGUCACUGGUUAGGAGUAUAUUGUGCGAUUUUUAAAGAGAAUCAGUUGGUUAAUCUGAAACAAAACAGACACGGCAGCUUUG